UGCUUUAGACAGACUUACUACUGAAAACAUCAGUUCAUGUGGCAGAAGGCAAAGGAUUUGGUUUCCUCCUCUGUAAACUCUUUGCUGGCUAACCAGCCGGUUUCCCAGUUAUACUAUCAAAACUAUAUUGAAAGUUUUACACCUACAGAAGAGACAGUAACCUACAUUGAAGCUAAAUCGCAUGACGGGCCGUCCAUUUCUUAUUAUUGCGCUCUCGAGAGCAAAAAAGAGAGAAGAGUUAUAUUGAAAAAAGACCAUCAUUGUAAAGUGUGUAAAGUGUCCUUAACUAACUUGACACGUUUCUCUUGUGAAAAUUGUGGUGAAUCCCUUUGCAAAGAGCAUAUUGAAAAACAGCUAAUUCCCAACUUUGAGGAAGAAGGUUUAAAAACUGUAUGUCCUCGUUGUUAUGCGAACUUGGAAUUGACUAGGUAUAUUCAUCGCCUUACUUUGAGAGCAAUAAGGGUCUCAGAUUAUUUUAACGAUGAACUGGGAGAGUUUAUACCUUUUGAAAUUAAGGACACCUACAUUGCUAAAGUCAAGCGAGGGCUUGAUUAUGGGUUAAGGGUAGGCUCCUACCUUCCCAUAGGGACCUUCUGGAAGAACACCGUCAAGGCCGCCAACGUUAUCUUUCGCCAUCGCGAAAAACUAUGUAAUUGGCUAGGAAUAAGUGAAGAAUUAUUGUUUACGGCAAAAGCAUUAUAUAAGGCUCAGUUGUUUACCAAAAAGAGCUUUUCCACUCGUGAAAUUGCAAUAGCGCUCUUUUAUUUAAGUGCCGAGAAGCGCUGGAAGAAGGGAUGUCUACCAGAGUGUGAUUAUUCUUCCAUAUUUACAAAGAACAGUAGUUCAGCAUCUACCGAAGGACCGCCCCGACCCGCGGAGAAUGCUUUAAUAACUCCCAGCGAUGAAGAAGUAGACCACCUUCUUUACUACCUGAGCAAAAUCUUGUUGUUUGCAGAAGACGAGUUCCAGCUACAACGAUUACUUAAGCAAAAACGACUUUCAUUACUCUACUCUGAAUGCUCAAGCAAACUUUUUAAACCAGCGUUCUAUCUUGCGGUUAAUAAAACACAAAAAAAGUUACUACUUGUUUUACGUGGAACAACGGAUAUUUCAGACUUCGUAACAAAUUUAAAUUUCCACCAGCAAACAUUCAAGGCUGCCAGGGAACCAAACUUUUUCUGGGAGAACUGCUCUUUUUCCGAUUCUGCUUCUAUCGCUGUAAGCCUUAAUAAGCUGGAUCAAGCAGUCACACGAUUCGCAUUGGCUAAUCCUUGGGAAACUGACAUCUCAGGAGUAUUAAAUAAGUUCAAUAAGAAAUCUAACUGGAUUACUAGAACAGCUCUUCAAGAACUUAGUAACAAGUUUGCACAAAAUGGCAUUGACCACAUAAAUGACACGACAAUUGAACUUUGCAGCGAACUGCUGUUCUCUACACUCGACCAUAUUUCCCGUCUUGCCGGAGUACAAGUCUCCGAGGGAUCUCGGACGCCCGAGAGACAGGUGGUUCGUGGAAAGGCACACGCAGGUAUGCUCAUGGCCGCCUACUGGGUGUUCACGGAGGUUUAUCUCUCACUGAAGACUUUUAGCGAGAGGGGUUAUAAGGUCAUAACGACCGGUCACUCUCUAGGCGCAGGAGUGGCUACAUUACUUACUCUGUUAUGUAAGCCUUACAUUGAAGACAUUGAUUGCUAUGCGUUUGGCUCGGCUCCAAUAGUUGAUAAGGAGUUGCACCAAUAUACUAAAAACUGCGUAAAAUCGGUAGUGAAUGGGAAUGAUUUUAUUCCGAGACUAUCGUAUAGGUCUAUGCUCGCUUUGCUCGAAGAAUUAAGGGAGCACAAGGAUUCUUUUGUUCCUAUAUUGAAGGAAGACAUUGCCGCUAUUAGCAAGCAUAUAUCAGAAGUUUGGGCCCCCCGACAGCGGUUACCCGGAAAAAAGUUAAGCGAAACGGUAGCAAGCGAUGCAGAUAGUGGAAAGACCGAAACAAAUAAUACACCUUCCGACAAUAAGCUCUCCAAGAUUUUCAACUCCUUUUCAUUUUCCGGAAGCGGCCAACAAGUUGAGGAAGAGGAUGCUAGUGGCGAGGACGAAGAAGGCGCCGAAGGAAAUUACGAAGUGGAUCUUUAUUUGCCAGGAGAAAAAGUCUUAUAUAUCUAUAAAGUUAAAGGUCGCGAGCAGUGCAGAUACUUGGAUCCUCUUGCGGCGCCUCACGUGAACGACAUCACGCUUCUCUAUCCGAGCAUGUUUGUCCACCAUAAAGCUAAGGUGUACUACCAGUCCCUUCUCAACUACGAGCGCGCUCUCCUAACACGCAGGUACCAGCAGGAGCACCCCCGCACAGAAAAACCGGGAAAAGAAGGUCGAUCAAUCGAGCUUCUCGAGCUUGACCACAUGCCACUUUGGGAAAAGUUCAACGCACGCGAUUUUUGUGCGCUGUGUGAUUGUGAUUUCACGUGGAACUCGACCAGUCAUUCGCUUCGCCAGCAGUAUUUGGACAGACACAACUGCCGCCGGUGCGGCUGCCUUGUCUGUGAGGGCUGCAGUAAGCACCGCCUGCCGCUGCCAGAGUUGGGCAUCUUCGAGCCGACUCGGGUUUGCGACUCGUGCGUUUUCCGGUAAAGUGGCAAAGUUCUGCAAUUGUUUACACUCAUAAAAAAUGAAUAUAUGGAAAUAAAAAAAACUUUUAUUCUAAAAGUUUAAUUAAAAAGGCCUAUCUCGGCCAUUUUCAAUGAG